UGGCAGGGAGCAACAGGGACAGUGAAUUUGAGGGGAGAUGGAGAGAGUGAGGAAGAGAGACGGAGUAUGACAAGGCAAAACAGAGCAACAUGGGACAGUGAGUGAGAAAGAGAGUGAGAGAGAGAGAGAGAGAGGGUAACAGUGCCGAGUUGGCAAGACAAUCAGAGACAAGCCACUGAUUCAGAGCUUGGUGCACAGCUGGUGCGACGGGUGAAGAGGCUGCAGGGCUCACGCUGAGUGGACGGACAAUGACAAUGUGAAGCAAGUGUGGGAUUUAAUUCACCGAAGAAUAUUUUCAACUCAGUAACAGGUUGGACCUGCACAGGUGGAAGACAAGCUUUGGAAAUGCAGACCAGAUAAACAGGGCGGAUGCUGCCUGUAAAGAAUAUGGACAUCAUCCACAGUGGCAUCUAACACCACUGGACAAAAAGCCUUUUUUUUUUAUUUUUGUUUAAGCUGGCUCAUGUGGAAUUCAGCUGCUCUGUGUCAGAAUCUGGUGAUCAGUCUGGAUCAGGAAGAGACAUUUUGUCAAAUGACACAACUAUGGAGGCACAACAUGAGCAAAAGCAAGUGGAUUACACCCUGGUAGACCUACUGCAUCCUGCCAGGCUGGUAGUCCUGCUGAGGUGUUUGAGCCAUGUGGUCCACUGAGAGCAUGGAGCCAGAGAACGCACACACCCAGAGCAGCUUCUUCAGCAAGGUGGACGUGCCCGACCAUGCUCACUACAUUGUCGCUUUUUUUGUCUUUGUCAUCGGGAUGAUGGGCAUCAUUGGCAAUGCUUUGGUUAUGUUCGCUUUCUAUAGUAAUAAGAAACUCCGUAACCUGCCCAACUACCUCAUCAUGAACUUGGCAGUCAGUGACUUCCUCAUGGCCUUCACUCAGUCACCCAUUUUCUUCAUCAACUGUCUCUACAAGGAAUGGGUGUUUGGAGAGAUGGGCUGUAAGAUGUACGCGUUCUGCGGUGCCUUGUUUGGCAUCGCCUCCAUGAUAAACCUGCUGGCCAUCUCCAUCGACCGCUACAUGGUGAUCACCAAACCACUGCAGGCGAUCAACUGGAGCUCCAAACGAAGAACCACCCUGGUGAUCCUCAUGGUCUGGCUUUACUCUUUGGCUUGGAGUCUGGCUCCUCUGGUUGGCUGGAGCUCAUAUAUCCCUGAAGGCCUGAUGACGUCUUGCACAUGGGAUUAUGUCACAUACUCGUUGGCCAACAGGAGCUAUACCAUGAUGCUUUGCUGUUUUGUUUUCUUUAUCCCACUGGGAAUCAUCUUUUACUGCUAUGUUUUCAUGUUUCUGUCCAUAAGAAAGACAAGCAGGGAGGUAGAACGUCUCGGGACUCAGGUGAGGAGAUCCACUGUCAUCAAGCAGAAGUCCAUCAGGAGUGAGUGGAAGUUGGCAAAGAUUGCCUUUGUUGUCAUUGUGGUUUAUGUCCUCUCCUGGUCACCAUACGCCUGCGUCACGCUGAUUUCCUGGGCUGGGCAUGCCAACAUCUUGUCGCCAUAUUCCAAGGCCGUCCCUGCAGUGAUAGCAAAAGCCUCCGCAAUCUACAAUCCCAUCAUCUACGCUAUCAAACAUAACAAAUACAGGAUGACUCUCGCAGAGAAGUUCCCCCUCCUCCGGUUUCUGUCUCCCACUCCUCGGAAAGAAUGCAUCUCGUCCUCCUCCAUCAGCGAGUCUUCAUUUGGGGACUCUGUCAUCAGUAGACAGUCCACAGCAUCAAGGACACACUUCAUUACAGCAGCCUCUAACUCCGCAGACAUGGUACUGAAAGACGUACAGAUGGAGCCUUUGGGCAGGAGGUCAGGUGGUUCCUUCAGAAACACAUCGUCAUAUGGUCGUUCUAGAAGGGGGAGGUCCUAUCACAAACAAUCACAGAGGCACACCAAGACCAAUCCAGUAGAGCGGUGUUCAUCUAUCAUGAAUGAAUCGUCAAGCACAUGUGAGCAUGAACUGGUUUCCAGCUCUCUGACCAUCGCCACUGUCCCUCUACUAGUUCUUAACGGGAGGCGCAGCCAGAGCCUGACCAAUGAUCUGUCAGAUGCUGGGGAGGAGAAACGCAGCAUCGAUGAUAGACUGAACAGCCACAAGAGCGACUCGUUUAAUUCCUUCAAUUUUCAGGAAAAAGUCCCCUCAACUGAUCAAUUGUCCCCUCAGGUUGUUCCGCGUAUUAUUGUCAUCAGUCCCACUGCUGAAAGCAACCUCAUCAACCGUGACAGCUGCUGCUUGGAAGAGAGUGUUGAGUCAGUGGAGAACCAUGUUUUUGUCAGCUCAACCUUCUCAUCAGAAGUCUUUGAGGCUGUGGAGCUGCUGUCAUGAUGAGCUGGACUUCUGUAUUUACCCUUGUGCCCGUUUUUCAUUAUUGGACCACAAAUCACACACACUGUACAGGCACAGAGUUGCUGUGGACAAAGCAGUAUAUUAAUCUACUGUAAUAAAUUGUGCACCUUCAGUCAUUGCUGAUAAAAUUACACCACUCUGCUUCUUAGAUAACAAAAGAGCAGGAGAGAGGUUGAUCCAGCAGAUAAAUCAGUAUGAUGUGGAAUGCUGUGUUUCUCAGAUGAGGCAGGGACACGGGGACCCUGAGGGGUAGAAUGGAUUGGAGCAUAGUUUUAUUAGAUCCCUCAAAAAUGACAAGUGCAACAUACUGUCAUAAACUCGGAGCCCAAGUUUUACUUUAGCUAUUUAGACAAGACAAUUGAGGCAAGCAUUUACGAUUCAAAGUGAUAUUUGCAAAAGAUUACGGGUCAAAAAGACCGAAGUGAGGCCAGAUAUAUGUCUUUAUGAACUUUUUUAUUUUACAUGUUCUUUGUGGUGACUUUUGUACGUCUUGCCAAUUGUGUGAAUAUUGUUUCAAUAAAUGCUCCACUGCUAUUUUGAAUUUUGUAUAUUUAUAAAAAGGAAUAUUUGCACUGUUUUUGUUGCUUCUGACGGCUACAAUGUUGAUUCCAGUAAUGUGCGUGUGUGCUUUCAUUGUCACAUUAACAGCUGCACCACUUUUAUUUGAUAUGAUUUAUGCCAUAUAUACAUAUUUCCAAACAUGUUCACUGGAGACUGUAAACUGUAUUUUCGACAGAUUAUAAUCACUCUACUGAUAAUGUGGACAGAAUGAUAGCUGUUCUUCAUCCUAAUUUGUCUAAAUGUUGUCAGAUCUAGAGCUAAUUUUGCAGCAUCCAGGAGCGUUAGUGCAAACACAACAGGAAGCUUAUUUAAACAAGUGUAAAAUGAGACAGGUGUCAUCUGCUUUUUAGCAUUUUGAUACUUGCACCACAUAUGCUGGUUUUAAUAGCUAUACACAUUAUGCAAUUGCAAUUUUCAUAUUAGUGUGUGUGAAACAUUUUUAAUCUCACAUUUAGCUAAAAAAAGAAAAAAAAAUCAAUUUGAGAAGAGCACAUUUGAUUAUCCUGAUGGUCUGAAUAGCAGAAAUGACUUUACCUUUAACCCCUGGUCUAAGGUCUGCACUGGUCGUUUUUGGAAUCUUUGGUUUAUAAUGACGAUAUAUAAUUGUUUACAUGCUCAACACCAGCAAUUAUUUAUUUUAAAGUAAAUUAUAGUUGCAAGACUGUUUCUCGCACACUGGUUUUGUUUUUCAUUUUUGUUUUGUUGCUGAGCUUUAUAAAUUCCAGUAUUUGUAUUUUUGUUUUUUUGAGGCUGAAGUUGAAUGUACAAAGAACUGUCAUUACCGAAUAAUGGUUUGGUGCAGCUAAUAUUGGCUGUAACUGAUACAUGGACUAGCAGAGAGGGGAGAAAUUACUCACUUGAACAAGUAUUUUUAUAAUAUAUUCCAAUGAGCUGUGUUGUUUUUUGCUUAUACUACAUUAUCAUUACAGUAUUGUUUACUUAAAUAGAUGACAGUGUCGUAGAAGCUGUAGAAUGACCAAUGGAAUAAAAAACAACUUUUCCAAGUAGA